ACAAAAACUCCUUCUAUUGGAGUGCUCCAUACGGUCGAUGAAAAGCAUCCCUUGCUACAAAACAAAAGCACGCCGAGACUCAAUUAUAUAUAAAUAAAUUGAGGGUAAUCAAUUGGUAUAUCCAAAAUCAUCAUCAGGUAAAAAAGAAAUAAUAUCAAGUUGCUCUAAAUGGCCUCCUUUUUUAUUCUAUUGCCUUCUUUUACCAUUCACUUCUUCUCCUUGUUGUUGCUUACAAACUUUACUUCCUACACAUUCUCAUUAUGCAACCAUCAUGACAGCUCUGCCUUGUUACAAUUCAAGAACUCAUUUUUUGUCAACACUACACCUUCCGUUACUUUUUGGUUCUAUAAGUGUUCCUCUUUUUCUUUCAAAACAGAAACUUGGAAAAACAAUACAGAUUGUUGUGAGUGGGAUGGUGUCACGUGUGACACCGUGUCAGAUUAUGUGAUUGGUCUGGACCUUAGUUGCAACAAUCUGAAAGGUGAAUUACAUCCCAAUAGCACUAUCUUCCAGCUUAAACAUCUUCAACAACUCAACUUGGCUUUUAAUGAUUUUUUCCGUUCUUCAUUGCAUGCUGGUAUUGGGGAUUUAGUGAAUCUCACACAUCUAAAUGUGUCAUAUUGUUUCCUCAGUGGUAAUAUUCCCUCCACAAUCUCUCAUUUGUCAAAAUUAAUAUCACUUGAUCUUAGCAAUGGUUUGUGGGGGGAAUUGAAACUCAAUCCAUUCACAUGGAAGAAACUCAUUCAUAAUGCUACUAAUUUAAGGGAGCUUUAUCUUGAUACUGUGAAUAUGUCCUCAAUCAAAGAGAGCUCUUUGUCUAUGCUAAAGAAUUUGUCAUCCUCUUUGGUUUCUCUUAGUCUAAGAUCCACUGAAUUGCAAGGAAAUUUGUCAAGUGACGUCCUCUCAUUACCCAACCUUCAAAAACUAGAUUUGUCAUAUAAUUACGACCUUAUUGGUCAACUUCCAAAGUCCAACUGGAGCAUGGCUCUAAGGUACUUGGGCCUCUCUUCCAUUCCUUUCUCAGGUGAAAUUCUUUAUUCCAUAGGUCAAUUGAAGUCUCUAACUCAUUUAUUCCUUCAAGAAUGCAAUUUCGAUGGGACGAUUCCUCUAUCUUUGUGGAACCUCACCCAACUAACACAUUUGGACCUUUCACGAAAUGACCUUAAUGGUGAGAUCCCGCCAUCAUUGUUUUAUCAGUUACCUCAUCUUUCUUUUUUAGAUUUAUUUGGAAAUAAACUUAACGGAGAAAUCCCAAAUGUUUAUGGAAAUUUAAUGAAACUGGAAUAUUUAGAACUUUCCACUAACAACCUAACAGGCCAAGUUCCAUCAUCAUUUUUUCAUCUAUCUCAGCUUUCUCAUUUAGGUUUAUCAUUUAAUAAUCUAGUUGGUCCAAUUCCAAAUGAAAUCACAAAACUUUCAAAAUUGAGCUAUUUGGAUUUAGGUUUUAACAUGUUAAACGGAACAAUUCCGCAUUGGUGUUAUAAUUUGCCUUCGUUGUUAGAGUUGUACCUCGACAACAACCACCUUAUAGGGUUCAUUGGUGAGUUCACAACUUAUUCUCUGCAAUAUUUAUAUCUCUCUAAUAACAACCUACAUGGUCAUUUUCCAAAUUCAAUAUUUGACUUCCAAAAUCUUACCGACUUAGCUUUUUCAUCAACAAAUGUGAGUGGUGUUGUGGAUUUUCACCAAUUUUCAAAAUUUAAAAAACUAAAUUUCCUCAAUCUUUCACACAAUAGUCUUCUUUCUAUCAACAUUGAUAGCAAAGUUGAAUCCAUCUCAUCACCUAAUCUCCAAUCAUUAGAUCUCUCCAAUAAUAACAUUCAUGGGAAAAUUCCCAAAUGGUUUCAUAAGCUCCUAAACUCAUCGGAAUACAUUUAUUACAUUGAUCUUAGUUUCAACAAGUUGCAAGGAGAUCUUCCAGUUCCACCCUAUCUCAUUUACUACUUUUUACUCUCAAAUAACAACUUCACAGGAGAUAUUUCUUCAUCAUUCUGCAAUGCAUCAUCUCUGGAGGUGCUCAAUUUGGCACACAACAAAUUAACAGGCAUGAUCCCACAAUGUCUGGGAACACUUCCUAUUCUUUCUGUAUUAGAUUUGCAAAUGAAUAACCUCUAUGGAAGCAUCCCUACAAACUUUUCCAAACAAAAUCGAUUCGAGACUAUAAAAUUGAAUGGAAAUCAAUUGGAAGGACCAUUACCACACUCUUUGGCUCAUUGCAAAAAACUUGAAGUUUUGGACCUUGGUAACAACAUAAUAGAAGAUGUAUUCCCCAAUUGGCUAGGAAUUCUACCAGAUUUACAAGUACUGAGUUUAAGAUCAAAUAAACUUUAUGGUACAAUCACAUGCUCCACCAAACAUCCAUUUCUCAAGUUGAGAAUUUUUGAUGUCUCUAUCAACAAUUUUAGUGGCUCAUUCCCAACAUCAUGUAUUAAGAACUUUAAAUUCAUGAUGAAUGUGAAUGAUAGUCAAAUUGGUUUGCAAUACAUGGGUAGUGUCAGUUACUAUAAAGAUUCUGUGGUGGUCAUAAUGAAAGGUCUGUCUAUGGAACUAUCGAGGAUAUUGAUUACUUUCACAACUAUUGAUUUAUCAAAUAACAUGUUUGAAGGAGAAAUUCCACAACUCAUUGGAGAUUUAAAAUUUCUCAAAGGCCUUAACCUUUCAAACAAUGGAAUCACAGGUACCAUUCCACAAUCAUUGAGUUAUUUGAGAAAUUUGGAGUGGUUGGACCUCUCAAGGAACCAGUUGAGGGGGGAGAUUCCUAUGGCUCUCACAAAGCUGAAUUUUCUCUCAUUCUUGAACCUUUCACAAAACCAUCUCGAGGGAAUCGUACCUAAAGGUCAACAGUUUGAUACAUUUGGAAAUGAAUCCUAUGAAGGAAAUACAAUGUUAUGUGGAUUACCAUUGUCUAAAUCAUGCAAAAAUGAUGAAGAUCGGUCACCACUUUCAACAUCUGAAGAUGAAGAGGGAUCAGGAUUUGGUUGGAAAGCAGUAGCAAUAGGAUAUGCGUGUGGGGCAAUAUCUGGAUUGCUGUUGGGACACAAUGUCUUCUUCUUUGGGAAACCAGAAUGGCUUGCAAGACUUGUUGAACAUAUGUUUAAUAUGAGACUGAAGAGAAGAAACAACCGAUCCGGUGCAAAUCACAGAACAAUGAAUUAAUUUGAUGUUGGUCUUUUAAAAAAUAUAGAUACGUUUGUUUGUAAUUUCAACUUUUCUGUUUGUGUAAUGUUGUAUUAUUUAUUUAAAAAUUA